AACCCCUUCUCUUCUCCUUCCUUCCUCCCUUCCUUCACCACACUCGCUGCAACAAAACGCCGACUUCGAUACUUUCCAUCGAACUCUUUACACUCGUUACUCCUUUUCUCAGAAAGCAGUGUUUCCGUUAAUUCCUUCCUCACACUUUACCACCUUCUCACCUUUUUCCAACCUUCAAACACAUUCAAAAUGCAGUUCAAAAUUCUUGCUAUCGCCGCUCUCGUUGCUGGCGCUUCCGCCGCUACCGGUGUUCAUAACAAGACUAUGACCAACGGUACUGUCCCAACCACUACCGGAGGUCCCGGGUCGGGUAUCGGAGGUGGAAACAACGGAUCCGUUCCGACUGGAUCCGGAUCUCCAUCUGGAGCCCCCUCCUCCAACGGUGCUUACGCCAAUGCCAUCUCCGGUGGUUUGUUUGGUGCUGCUGUUGCUGCCGGGCUUACUCUUGUCUUGUGAAGAGGCUUGACGGUUGAUACUGUUUAGUUCUUGUUUCUUUGCUUCGAAAAUUACUGUUGGGUUGCGUAAUGGGGAUGGAAGUUUGGCGGACGGGCAUGGAAGGUGAAGUGCAUAGAAAUAGAUAUACCUUAAUACUUUUGUGCAAAAAAAACAUUUCCCUCUACUA